UAAAUUGGAGAAAUUAAAUGAAUUCAGAAAGUUUAAGCUUAAUUCAAGCAUUUGAUAAAAUAAUGUAAUUAAAAGUGCCUAUCAUUUGGAGUACAUUUAUAUGUUUUAUGGAGUAUUAGGUAUUAGAAAUGUCCAGACCAAGGGAACGCGAUGAACAGGAGGCACUCAAGCUGGAUGAGCAGUUCAAGGAUUCUUUGGCUCGAGUUAGACCUUACAUUUUAGCCCUCACAGCGCCUGAAGAUGUGCAGCUCUGCCGGCUUUGGUUGGAUAAACUGAGCUAUGCCUCCACGCAACGUGCACUCAGGAAUGAGUAUCUGAUGGAACUAUGCUGUCAAGUGGAAUCUGGACAUGUAGGUGGGAUGUUUAGCCAACCGCCGCCAAAUGGACCUCUGCCAGUGUUAAGGAGAUCGUAUACUCCAACGGUACACGGAAGUUCCUCGUGGAGCGAGUUAUCAGAUGCGAGCACAAUCCCAUAUUGCGGAUGGCCAAAGAAUUAUGCAAAGAGCAUUCAAUGCCAGUUCACCAGGAGUAAAACACCAAACCAAAAACGUGACACUGAUUCGACCAGUACUGGUCGUUGCGGUCACAUCACAAAGAAUAUCGGUGCAUCUCGAUGCUACGAGGGAAGUAAAGCGGACAAAAAUCAAAUCGCAAUUUACGAACAAAGGAUAGAGACCUUGACCACUAUUGUGAAAGAACUGCAGAUACAAAAUGAACGUUUAAAUCAAGAACUAAAUCGUUUGCAACAAAAUUCUACUGCAAAGGAAGUGCCUCACCUUCAUGCUACUAUCAAACAAUUAUCGGCAGAAAUUGGAACGUUGAAAGCCAAAUUAAUGGAAGUAAAAAAAAUUAAGGAUUCUCUUGAGGCAAGCAAUGAGGAAGCCCUCCUGCAAUGUAAGCAAAGUAUGGAUGAAAAAAUUACAGAGUUGAAUAUGCAACUGCAAGAAUUCCAAUGUAAGAAUAGUACCUUGGAAAAUAAUAUUGCUGAGCUGACUGCCAAUUUGGAAAAAAUUACUAGGGCAAAGGAUGAAGAACUGUGUGCAGUAGAAAGUAGUUGCUCUGAAAAAUUGGAAGCUGCACGACAGCAGCACGAACACUUAAUCAAACAGAAGGAUGAGGAACUGCAAAAGAAAGAUACAGUGAUCAGUCGGAAAGAGGAAGAAUUGGCAUUGAUUGAGUUAAAUAAAAAUGCUGAAAUUGAAAAACUGAAAACUGAGAUUGAUGGGCUACAGAAGAACUUGGAGGCAAAAAAAGAUGAAGAAGCUAAAUUGAAAGCUAUUGUUACUGAGCAGUGCUCAACAAUCCAGCGAGAAUUUAAUAAAAUGAGGGCAAAUAUGGAAGCGGCGAAUCAAAAGCAGAAUCAAAACCUUAUCAAUAAAGUGGCCAGUUUAAAAAAAGGCAUUUUAAAAUUGGAAAAAACUAAAGAACGAAUGAGCCAUGAAUAUGAGAAGCGCAUUUAUCAUAUUUUAAAGGAUAAAGAAAACGAAGUUAAAGCCUUGCAGCUACAACUCCAGGGUCAGCGUAGUGAAUUAUCGAUGUCACUGAGUUCGGAAAAACAGUGCGAGCUAGACAGUCUAGUUGAAAGCUUGGAAGAACGUUACAGAUCACUGUUGGCUGCCGCAGAUGCGAGUGCUGGCAACCAAAGGCAAAAUUAUCUCAAGGUUUGGCCGGGUGAUUCUGGGGCGAAUGAAUUUAACAUUAUCGUCACGCCACAUCGAGAUCCUAUUACAAUAUUGGAGUGGAGCCAGCAUGGUGGACGACUUGUGUCCGCUGAUACAGCUGGCUCUUUGAUAGGAUGGAAAAUAGACCCAAGAGGACAGCUUCUAAUGGUGUUUCACCAUGAAUUAAAAGAUUCUUUCACUCACAUAGCGUUCAAAGUCGUUCCAUCGAAGCCAGUUAUUGAUAUUAAUGGCCUGGCGAAGGCAGCAGUAGCUGGUGACGAAAGGGCGCUAGAUCUUUUUAGUUCUUGGCGACCAAGAACGGCAGCUCCCGUUGCAGUUACAACGCAAAGAGAUAAUCACGCUUUUUACAUCGGAACUAUGAAUGGGGUGGUAUAUUUUGUUGAUAGUCAAGGGCAAUGUAUUGAAGUACUGAACACGGAUGGUGCUACUUUGCAUUGUUUGCUACACCAUCAAUCGCGAGACUCUGUAGUCAUGAUGACGGAAGGGCUGAAUAUUGGGCAUUUUCAAGCAGAUCCUAUCACUGGUCGCCUCACCGAGCUCACCAAAGUGAAACUAAGUGGCAAGACCGACAUGUCUCGAUCCGGUCCUGCUCUUUGUUGGGCAGGUACAAAUACUCUGGCUGUAUUAACAGGGGAACUAGCUAUCAGAUGCUGGGAUCUCCAUACCGGAGAUACUUAUGUCUUAUCACCACCAGACACCAGUAAUGGAAACAUUGCAACGCCUCAAGAGAUCUGCACGAGUCUAUCGUACUGCAAAAAUAAUGAAACCCUAGCAGCUGGUACAAAUUUGGGAACAAUUUAUCUCUGGAAACAUAAAAAUGCUUCAGAUGCAGAGGAUAACGGCUGGCCAGCAAUUCCAGAAUCCUGUACAAUUCAUGGCACAGUAAAACAGCUCGCGUGGGGUGCCACAAUACUUAGAAAUCCUCUUCUGGUUGUCAAUUGCAUAACGAACGUUUUCAUUUUGCGACAGCAGCCAAUGUGCGCUGCUUACAAUGAUAAUAUAUGCGCCAGCCAGUUGGCACCCAAGCAAAUCCUGCUGGAAACGCAUGGUCAAAAUUAUGUUCUGAAAACUGACCUGCAGGUACAGGUUGUAGCGGUGAAUAAAGAUUAUGUUGCCGUUUCUUCUGGGAGACAAAUUGCCGUUUAUAAAUUGAGCAGGGAAAAUUCCAUAUCCACUACACUCGUCGGAUCCUUCAAUUGCGACACGGAGAAAAUACUGAUUUAUGAAAGUACUCUAAUUGUGCUGACGCCGCUCGUCAUUCAACUGAGAUCUAUAGAAGGCAGUCUAACUCAAACGCUGCCUGCAUCCCCUGAAGAGGGUGAACCAAUUACAAUGGAGCUAACUAGCCGAUAUCUGACAGUUGCUUCACUGAAUGGGAUUCUUAAAAUUUGGGACGUGAGCAAGAGAGAAGCCAAAUUGUACACAAGGGCUAAAGCUGUUUUUGAAGCGAUUGAUGAUUUUGCCGAAAUCAUUGAAGCUAGGUGCAACUCUGACUGCAGAUGCGUUUCAAUCACUGUUGCAAUGGCUAAUUUAAUGCCUAGUUCGAUUUUUUAUGUUUGGGAUAUCGAAAGCGAUCAGAUCUAUGAAUAUAAUUUUGCUGAUCCCGAAGAUGGGCAUGAAGAAUCUCCUACAGCAAUCCAGUGCAAAGGUCGAUUAGUGACUUCUCAUUGUUGGGACGAUGAUGAUCCAAGACUUUUAGUCUGCCGUGCACAAAAGUUGGAUUCUGCGAACUCAAGACCUCCAUCACAAAUAAUACCCACCCCUGCUCAGGAACCCUUAACAAGUGUUGUGUUGAUAACAAUGUUUGCAACAUCAGAUCAUGGGAUUGUAGUACAAGAUGUACGUUCAGUAAAAGAUGAAAACUGCAGAUUGUUGGGAGUUCGCACUCCGCAUAUAAUGAUUUUAAAUUCAGAAGUAACAUUUGACAAUGAGAGUAAAGUACGUUAUAUAGUAAUGCGCGAUUUUGAAGAACUUGGCGUAUGUGAUACGGUGACAAAAAAAGCAAUCCUAGAUUUUAGUUUCUAUAUAAGUAUAGCCAACAUGGACGAAGCCUUCAAAGCGAUCAAAACAAUUCAAAAUGAAGCCAUUUGGAAAAGUCUGGCAAGAAUGUGUGUCAAAACCAAACAGCUGAAUAUGGCUUCACUCUGCCUAGGCCAUAUGAAGCAUGCCCGAGGAGCUAGAGCCUUGAGAGAAGCGAUGCAAGACGACGAUUUAAACUUGGACGCAAAAUGUGGCAUAUUGGCAGUUCAGCUUGGUUUAUAUGAAGACGCAGAGCGUCUUUUUCGAGAUGCGAAUAGAUUGGAUCUCUUGUGUUCUAUGUUAGAAGCACGUAACAAGUAUGAGGAGUCUAUAGAUCUGGCAAUAAAGGAAAAUAAAAUCCGUGAGAAAACAAGCUAUUAUAAUUACGCAAAGACUCUUGAACAGGAAGGCAAGAUAUCAGAGGCAAUAGAGAUGUACACAAAGGCAGAUUGUCACAGAUUUGAAGUACCGCGGAUGCUUCUGUCUAGGCCGAGAGAAUUACAGGCAUACUUGUCUAACUCAGACGACCAGGAAAUACAUAUCUGGCAUGCACAGUAUAUUGAAUCAACUGGUGAUAUGGAGGCAGCAUUGCGUCUUUACGAAAGUGCAAACGACACCUUAGCCAUGACUCGUUUAUUGUGUUAUCUUGGGCGUGACGAAGAAGUAUCCGAGCUUGUUACUAGGACUAAUCAUGCAGCUUCGGCCUACCAUCUUGCUGCACAUCACGAGUCAAGAAAUAACAUAGCACGAGCUGUACAUUUUUAUAGUGCAGCUAAGGCGUAUACCAAUGCAAUUCGUAUUUGCAAAGAAAACGACAUGACUGAGGAGUUGUGGCCUUUGGCUAUGCUGGCGCCGCGUCACGCGCAAAUUGACGUAGCAAAAUAUUUCGAAGAAGCUGAGCAGCCCGAUAAAGCUGUUCUGUUAUAUCAUAAAGCUGGGAUGCUUCACAAGGCCUUAGAUCUGGCAUUCAAAACGCAGCAGUAUAAUGCUUUACAGUUGAUAACUAUGGAUAUAAAUGCAGACUCAGAUCCGGCAUUGAUUAGGAAAUGCGCAGACUAUUUUGUACAGAAUGAACAGAUAGACAAAGCUGUUGAUUUACUUGCAACUGGUAAAUAUUACAUGGAAGCAUUAGAAUUAAUACAAGCUCACAAUAUUGUACUCACCGAGGAUUUGGCAGAGAAAUUGACAUUAGAGAAAAUUGAUAAUAACAUGGAAAGAGAACAGAUCCGAACUUCGACGUUAGAGAAAAUAGGAGAAAUUGCAUUCUCCCAAGGGAAUUAUCAUCUGGCUACUAAAAAGUUCACUCAAGCUGGAAAUAAACUCAGAGCUAUGAAAGCUCUUCUGAAGUCAGGUGAUACAGAGAAAAUUUGUUUCUUUGCCCAAGUCUCGCGACAGCGAGAGAUUUAUAUUAUGGCUGGAAACUAUCUACAGUCAUUAGAUUGGCAAAAUCAACCAGAAGUUUUAAAGAACAUAAUAAAUUUCUACUCGAAAGGUAAAGCGAUGGAUUUACUGGCAAAUUUUUAUGUCGCAUGUGCCCAGGUUGAAAUAGAUGAAUUUCAAAAUUACGAAAAAGCAUUCGAUGCUCUUAAUCAGGCGAGCAGAUGCUUAUCAAAGGUCACUACACCUCGUGAUCGAAACUUGCACAAAAGGGCCAAUGAUAUGGUUAAUAAUAGAAUGGCAACCAUAAAGCGCUAUUUGGACAUCAAAAAACUCUUUGAACACGGUGAGACUGAAGCAGCAGUGUCUCAAGCUCGCCAACUGAUAGAGUCGCAGGGAAGCGAUUUAGAACAAUCUGUACGACGUGGUGACUUGUUUGCGACAUUGACACAGCAUUACGCGAACAUAGGAGAGACUGAAAAGGCGCGUGGAACAAUCGAAGAGUUAAAACGGCUCGUACCCGGAAUAAAUUUGAGUUAUUACUACAACGUAAAUUUAUUGGAGGCCUUAGGAUAUAAGAUUAACAUUCAAAGGCAGGACAGUUCUGACAAAGACGAUGGUAUAGAAGAAUUACUAGGCGAAUAAUAUUUUCCAUUCAAUUAUCGGGAGUUUCAUAAAUGAAAGAAGUUACUGCUCGAACAAAUGUGUAAGUGAAUUUUGUCAAUUCGAUUAAACUAAUCCGUCCAAUGAAAACUACGUGAAAAUAUCAGUAAAGCGUAGUAAUAGAAACAUUAGUGCAUUAGAUCUUAUAUUUACGCGAAAUUCCCUUCACGUAUUCAAUCCGUCCAUUUGGUGUUUGUUUUCACCCAGCGCUCGAUGUUAUUUUUUAAGAGAAAGGGAAUAACAGAAAUUAAACGCGAUUCUAGAAAACCAUUUAAUUUUUAUUUACCAAGACCUAACUUAAUAAUUACAGUCUUAUUUGUUUUCAUUUUUUUUUUUGUUUCCUCACAUAAUAUACAAAGUCUUGAUGAACAGCCAGAAUAAGCUUAAAAUGUAACUAGUUUCGGGUAAUAUUAUACUUUAGGUGAUUGAACAAUAAAUAGGAAAUAUAAAACACAUUGACUAAUGAACAAGAAUAAAAAAUUAAAUGAAAGAACGCAAUCAAUGUGUCUCGUUAA